UGUCACUUCCAAACCUAUCAUUAAAAUUGAUAUUGCCAUCACUCCAUGGCGGAUAGAAAUUAGAAGUUACAACAAAACAUUUAAACACAACAAAUUGUUCUAAAUUAACAAAAAAAUGUCCACAGUCGUGUCUGACUGUUUCACCAUCGGCAGUAUAGUUGCGACUCGGACGUGUUACAAUGAAGAAAUCGAGGGUGAAGUGUUAGCUUUCGAUCCCCAAACGAAAAUGCUUAUACUGAAAUGUCCCUCUUCCAGUGGAAAUCCGAAGCGCCACGAUGUAAAUAUCGUCAAUUUAUCGCUUGUGAGCGACGUGCAGAUAAAAAAGGAAGUCACUACAGUGCCAGAGCCACCCCAAUCUCUCAAUUUGCACAGGCUAAACACACGAGUUAGAAAUUCUAUAGAAAACAAACGCAGAUUGGUAUCAGCGCUCUCCGCCUGCCUAGACCCGGAAGGUCAGAGGCUAUUCCUCGCUAUCGCCAGAGUGAUAGACAACGUGUCGUGGGCCGGCCAGAGCAUCAGAGUGUACAAUGAAGUCACCAUCACACCCCCUUAUAAAGUAGAGAAUGUAAUAGGAGAACACGAUUCGAAAUCGUUCAAGUAUAUAAAGAAAUUCGUCGAGAGACACUGGCGGGACCAUCGCGAGCACGCAGCGACUUCGGCAGCGCAAUAAUUAUUUAAUUAACGUUUCAUUUGUAAUGCUGAGAUUUACAAAUUUACAAUAAAUAAAGAUAUUUUUUUUUGUUCUGUUACCAUUAUUGAAAAAACGAAAAAAAAAAUUUUUUUUUUAACUUUGACAUACGUCAUGUCAUUUUGACAGAUGACGUUUUGUUUUGGCGGGAAUUUUAGUUUUUUUUUAGAUGAAAUUAGAUUAAAAUUUCAGUAAAUGAAGCAAUAAUUAUUAGAAAUAGUUUCCAUUCAGCACAAAAUUUCUUAGCAUUACAAAUGAGAUUAUAUUUUAUUUUCCAAAGAUGUUUUACGGGACAGCUAAUGAAUUGUUAAAUCAAUGAGUAUAUUUAUUUGGUUUUUAUUUUUUAAUGUUCUUGCAUGUGUUUUCUGCAAAAUGAGUUUUUCUGAAAAGUAAAUAUGUCUUGUUCACUGUUGAACAGUGAAGUUUCAAAAUAUUUUAUUGUAAAUAUAUCUAUCCUUUUCUGUCAUUCAUCUAAAUGCUGUGCUAGAGCGAGAUGGAUAGCGUUACUUGGUUUGUUCAAAAACUCAGCUCUCCAUCUCUUUCUAGCUAAGUAUAUUAUUAAGUGAUGGAAAGAGAUAGAUAUCGUAAUAGUUGAAAUUAUGGUUUGAUGAACUUUAGUACUUUUUAUUGUAAUUAAACUAUUUAAAUUCGUGUAAUUUUAGUUUUAGAGUUCCGUAAAAUGUUAUCUUGAACAUCAAAACAAAUAAAUGUACAUAUUUAUUAUCA